AGAAAGGUGAUGGCCGAGCGCGGUAUCACACUCGAUGGAUAUGUGGUGGAACAUUUCACCCUUUACCAGAAGUCAAACUUGAGAGCCCUGAAUAAAGCUUUUUUUAUAUUUCCUUACCUUAACGUAGUAUCGUGGAAUAUUUUUCAGCUUGGAGGCCCAUUUUGGGGGCUCGUAGUGGUGAAGUUGAGUCAGCUUAUUUAUGCCACGAUGAAGAUUCCUACUCAUUCUCGAAGAAAGUAGACACUACCAGCCGAAGUUCAAUAACCAAAAUCAUGCCAUAUAUUGAAAAAUUCGGUUACAAAUUUAUAUGAUUUUGCAACAUUUGUCGAUGCUUGUGAUCGACUUUGAUUGAUGUCAGCGGACUUUGGGAGACAAAAUAUUAUUCAUGUAAGAGAGCCUCAAAAUUCUAUUAACAUCGAGCUUGAGAUGCCUGUCAAUUCAAACUAUGGCUUGAAUCCUACGCAUCGCCGUGCGUUCACCAGACUUCGUAGAGCAUAUCAGACAAAACUUGCCUUUUUUAAAGUGUUUUUAUUCUUUGUUGAACUGCUCGUGGUCUCCACCCCACCAGCUACCUUUGCAUAAUAGAUCACAAGCUUUCCUACAUUAAAAACAUUUACGGAAAAAAAAAGCAAAUCUGUUUUCUACUUUGAAGUCAAUUAGUCAGUUUGAGCAAUCAGCUGCGCUUCAGGGGUGCAAAAGCUUUUGAAUAGUAAGCUGUUUGUUACCGUAAAUUUUGCAUAGCUAAAAGCCCCCAGGGUAGAAUAUAUUGCGUUGUGCCAGCGGACAAUGGUUGACUUUUCAAAACAACUCUUAUUUGAUGGAAACUGUUAAUUGCAACUCUAUUGUGCAGUCUUCUUUGUUUUUAUUCUUUCAGCUUGGUCAUGACGCAAUUAGAUUUCUCUUUUAUGUUUCUUUAAAUGCGGCUUAACUCAUUUUUUUGAAAUUAUAACCUCGAGGCUAUUUCACAGGCGACCGUGAAAUAAUUUCACUAGGAGCACACUUCUGUUCUUAGUUCGGCAGCGUUUUUGUCUUGUUUAUUGGGAAAUGAAUAUGCAUAUCAGAUGCUAAAGUGUUCGUCAAAACAGAAAACUAUUCACACUCUUCGCUAGGAGAUCAUCCAACUGUAAGAACCAAUAGAGCUCGAUCUAGUCUCUGUAAUAUUGUGGAAAAUCGUACUUCAGCUCCCACGAGAAAAAAGCUUUCACAAGCCGAAAUUUAGACAGGGUUUUGUCUGGCAAUUAUACGAAAUGCUGAAAAAGUUUUCUGUCGCAAACGCUCCGCCUCGCUUCGAUUUGAGUCAGGUACCAAAUGUUGGAGAGGAGAGUGAUUCCCACGUGUUUUGCCACGGAAAAACAGCAAAACUACACUCGAGAAUUGGAGGUUUUCAAGAUGAAAAACAGGGAACAAGACUGAGGAAGGUGUCCCUGAUGCCACCCAUUCCAUCAGCAAGAAAUUCACCUUCCUUUAGCAAAACAUCAGGUUCUCGAGGUAGUGAUGGAUUGCAAACAUAUUCCGAGAAUGACCUGGAUCAGAACAACAAUGACAUGUAUGGACUCAAGGUUUUUGGUGAAACUGGCUAUCUGGCAAUGAAUUCUGGGAAGAAAAGCACGGCUGAGAAACCGAGUGACACUGGAUUCCAGCUUGACUCUUCUAACGACUCUAAUAAACUUCCAAAAAUCUUAAAACCCAAGAAAAAAGUCAGCAAGGGCUCGAAAAGGAAAAAGACAAAUGCUAUGAACGAUGGAAGUCAAGGAAGCCAAGGCAGUGAUUUUUAUGCUCAGGUGGGAGGGACAGAGGAUGACAAAGGUACGUCAAGUGAAUCAGCUGCAGGACAAGAUAGUGGAGAGCUUAUCAACAAAUAUGGACUGGACCUUAAAAGAGAUUUCAAUAUGGAAGUGACAAGGCCAUUUACCUUUUCAUAUUUUCCCGAAAUUCAUAUCAAGAAAAAGAAAAAAGGGGGUGACAAGGAGACUGGGAAGAAAAUACAGCGAAAAAUAUCUAAGGUUAAAACGCCUUCGAGCCUCUCUUGAGCCAGCGAAAUGCACCUGAGAAAUAACUUUUUAGAUUUGCCAAGCCAGCGGUUAUCAAU